GUACAGCCUUUCAAAGUCGGUCAGCGUUGGUGGGCAGAUUUGUCCGAUCCAACUCUUGUACGCUCUACAGACGGAUAGAUACCCUACCGGCUACCGGAAGCGACAAUCACUGCCUCGAGGAGCUAACAGAUCGCCGGCGAGAUGGACUCGCCGCUCGCGGCGGUGGCCAAACUCGCCGGAUUCUACCUCCGGAAAGGCGGUAAGCUCCCCAUCUUAAUCGUGGCCGUCGCGGUCUUCCUUCUCGCUGCCGUCCUGUACGGCGAAGACAUGCGUAGCUUGGCUGAGUACUCCUGGUGGCGCUACAAGGCCCUCUACGAGACCGACUACGCCCCUGGGGACCCCUUCGUGCCGGAGGCCUGCGACCUUUCGGAUGGCGACUGGGUGUUCGACCAAGAUUACCCCCCUUACCGGGAGGGCGACUGCGAGUUCCUCUCGAAGCAGGUCUCCUGCUUGCAGAACGGCCGGCCGGAUACCUUGUACCAGAAGUGGCGGUGGCAACCCAAGAACUGCUCCUUGCCCAGAUUCGACGCGAGGCGGAUGCUGGAGUGGCUACGAGGUAGGCGGAUGGUAUUCGUCGGGGACUCGAUUAAUCGGAAUCAGUGGGAGUCGAUGGUGUGUCUGAUGCAGACGGUGGUGCCGCGGGGGAGGAGAAGCCGCAUCGUCGAUGGAUCUCGCAUCAUCUUCCCGAUCAAGGAGUACCAUGCGUCGAUCGAGUUCUACUGGGCGCCGUUCCUGGUGGAGUCGAACUCCGACGAGCCGGAGUUCCACAGCAUCCCGGUGAGGGUCAUUAACCCCGACAGUGUGGAGAAGCACGCGGCCCACUGGAAGGGGGCGGAUGUACUCGUGUUCAACUCCUACAUCUGGUGGAUGAACGAUCCCCGGAUGAAAGUCCUGCGUCCGGGAGCCAAGAACUGGACAGAGCACCAGGAGAUUGGAAGAAGGGAAGCUUACGAGCGAGUGCUGCGGACUGUGUUCGAUUGGGUGGAUCGCAACUUGGACCCCAACAGCUCCUCUGUCUUCUUCAUGAGCAUGUCCCCUCUCCAUGGCAGGAGCAUGGACUGGGGCAACCCGGACGGCGUCAAGUGCGCAAAGGAGCGAGAGCCGAUACGGAACAUGUCGGGAGUGCACAUCGGAACGGAGAUGGGCCUGUGGGCGCUGGCGAGGAAGGCGGCGGCCUCGACGGCGCGCGUGCCGGUCACAUUCGUUGACAUCACGGCCAUGUCGGAGCGGCGCAAAGACGCGCACACGUCGGUGUUCACAAUGCAGCAAGGGAAGGUGCUGACGCCGGAGCAGAAGGCGGAGCCGGCCAAGUUCGCCGACUGCCUGCACUGGUGCGUGCCCGGACUUCCCGAUACGUGGAACCAACUCAUCUACGCCAGGUUCCUCUCAGGCCGGCGGCCUCAACGAUAGUAAAUGGUUUUCACAAUUUGGGGAAUGGAAUUUUGUGGUAGUUUUGACAUGAAAUUGAUGAAAUUAUCAUCAGCCCAUCUCGUGGAUUCAAUCUUUU